AUGCCUCAGAAGAGUUACUUAUUCCAGCGGCGAUCAGUUCACCGAGGAUGUCCCUUCAGCCACCUGCAACGGAAAGCCCCACCUGCGCUCGCCUCUCCCGCGACGGGACACACCCAGCGGACACGCCCUCUACCUGCUCAGGGCCACCUGGUGGGCGAGCGCCCCGCCUGGCCCGCUCCACUCGCUUCUUGCCCGACCUUCGCGUCGGCCAAUGAGAAGGGACCUCCGGCUCCGGCCUCGAGGAGCGGCCAAUGGGAGCGCGGCAUGCAAAUGAGCAGACCCCCGCACCGGCACUCGGCCAACGCACGCCGCUGGCUGGAGCAGUACUACGUGGGAGAGCUGCGAGGCGACCCGCAGGAACCUGUGGAGAAUGAGGCUGUAGCCGCUGCAGAAACUCCGAAGAUGGACCCUGAGAUGGAAGUGAGGCUCCAAGUGGUGGACUGGGACAAGGACCUGGUGGACUGGAAGAAGCCUCUGCUGUGGCAGGUGGGCCAGCUGGGGGAGAAGUACCACGAGUGGGUCCACCAGCCGGUGAGCAGGCCCAUCCGCCUCUUCCACUCCGACUUCCUCGAGUCCCUGUCCAAGACAGUCUGGUACAGUGUCCCCAUCAUCUGGGUGCCCCUGGUUGUGUACCUGAGCUGGUUCUACUACAGAAUCCUCGCCCAGGGCAACGUCUGGCUCUUCAAGUCGUUCACGUCAGAGUACGCGCUGGUGGUGCACAAGUCCAUGUUCCCCAGCCUCUUCGUGCUGGGGUUGUUUACCUGGAGCUUCAUUGAGUACUUCAUCCACCGCUUCGUGUUCCACAUGAAGCCCUCCAGCAACAGCCAUUACCUCAUCAUGCUGCACUUUGCCCUGCACGGCCAGCACCACAAGGCACCCUUCGACGGCUCCCGCCUGGUCUUCCCGCCCGUGCCAGCCUCUCUGCUAAUCGGCUUCUUCUAUGUGUUCGUCCGGCUCAUCCUGCCCGAGGCGGUGGCGGGCACUAUAUUUGCGGGGGGCCUCCUGGGCUACGUCCUGUACGACCUGACCCAUUACUACCUGCACUUUGGCUCGCUGCACAAGGGCUCCUUCCUGUACGGCAUGAAGGCCCACCACAUGAAGCAUCACUUCGCUCACCAGCAGUCAGGGUUUGGCAUCAGCUCUAAAUUGUGGGAUUACUUGUUCCACACCCUCACCCCGGAGAAGCAGCACCUGAAGACCCAGUGAGCGCUCCCGCCGGCCUCCCUGCCUCAGCCUAGCCCUCCACCCAGACCAGCUUGAGUUCCCCGGGGCUGGGUGGCGGGUGUGGAGGUCUCUCCAGGCAGGACUGUCCUCCUGACCUGCCUCAGGAGGUCCCUGUCUCUGAGGCACCCCGGCCCCUCCAUCCAUGUCCCUACUCAAGACUCAGCACACAGGACUGCUUCAGGGCCCAGCAGUGGCCCCCAGGGGCAUGAAGGAAACUGACCCUCAGGGCCAAGGCUGUGCCCACCCAUGUCUCAUCCCCCAGGACUCCCCCACCACAACGGGAACAGGGUGUGUGGGGCCUGGGCCCUGCCCUACCUUCCUCCCCUUCUGGCAAGUUUGGAGGCUCUGAGGUGAAUGAAAGGCUCUCUCAAGACGGCAUGACACUUCUCACAGGCCACCCCAGACCCCAGCAGAGUCCCUCAGCUGCCAUCUGCCAUUCACGGCUGUCACCCUCAAGGCUGGCAGGAGCCGUAACCCUGUCUUGGGGGUGCCCCAGCUGUUCCAGGCACCUCUGCCCUGCCCCAGAAGCACAGCGUUUCUCCCUGAGGGAGGCUGCCGUUGGCACAGGUGGGCACCACGUCCUCUCAGGACCUCCCAGCAAGUGCCUCCUCCAGCCCCAAGAAAGCCUUAGUGCCUUGGCUCCAUCCCACCCCAGCCUGCCAGCCCACGAGUCCUGCCCUUCCUAUAACCAACUCCCUCCCUGUUCUGAGUCUUCUUAUUUAUAAACAACACAAAUGUCCUUAGUCCGGACCCAGACCCAGGAGCUGGCCAGACAGCCCUUUCUAAUCCUAAGUGUUGAGCUUACAUAAAAAGAACCAUUCUGCCCUGUUUUAGUUCCCUUCUUACCGACCAGCCACUACUACUUGAAACUUAAAAACUCGUUGAGUGGAAAGGCUUAAAAAAAAAAGCAGUUUGACUGAUCCUAUGAUUUGUACUAUUUACUACGAGGCUAUUUAAAGAUUUUGAAAUAAAUAUGCAAAACUACACUUGUGAAAUUUUGAAAAA